GUUCGCCGUGGAUAGUUUAUUUCGUUCGCUCUGUCUUCGAGAUAUCAUUUUGAAUUCCAAUAAAUUAAAACACAAAAGAAGAAAUCAAAACAGAAUUGAAAAAGAAGACAAAUCUUCAAAAAAGAAGCAAGGUGAUUGUACCUGAGAAAAUAUUGAAAUGUAUAAAUUCAAUUGAAAUGAAUGUGUAUUGAAGUUUUAAGAGAAAAAAGAAAUAAAUAAUAAAAUAAAACAAAACAAGCGAAACAAGUCGUGUAUAGCUGUAGGGUUCAAAGGUCAAUAAAGAAGAAGCGCGUGUUGUUUUUUUCUUAAAUUUCUUUGCGAGAAAAUAAGAACAUUUUGUGAAUAAACAAAAAAUCUAUUACGCAGUUAAAGAAGAAAAUUGUUUGAAAACAAAAAAAUUAAAUAUUAUUUUAUGAUGUGAUGCGAUUUAAAUAUCACCCCGCGCCCGCUUUAAUUUCAAUUAAGAUCUUUCUAUUUCAUAGAAGCAUAGUGAAGGGUAGCUAGUAUCUCUGCUGCUCUAGCUUUCGCCGUGCGUCGUUUUACGACUUCGCCAUAGCCUAUAGAGAAAAGGUUGUGGCGCCCCCUUCGCCGUGCCCAUACCAUAAACCUCUACCUCUGCUACCCCUGCCGCCUGCACAGCAAAUCCCGAGCCCAGACCAGAGCCUGCGGAGUGCGAGUGUGGAUUCUCUCGUUCUAUCAUCGAAAAACGAAACGAAAACCACUACACUAGCGACCCCUAUCAUUAAUAAAUGGCGCGCGUUCUUGUGCUGCAUUGAAGCAAAGUGCGAACGUGUGUGACUAGUUUGUUGUUUUGUAUUUAUGUGUUGUUUUUGUCUGCUUCUUCUUCUUCUGCUCUGGCCAACCGCCCUCGCUUUUCUUUUUCCUUUUUGUAUUUCUUCUGUCAGAUAACGAACGUAACGGAAGUUUUUUUCUUAACAGAAAAGUGACAGUUGUAUUUUCCUGCCUCCUCUUUCGCUUCGCCACAUAAAACCGCGUUCCGCGUGGAUAAGGAAAAAAGUUAAAAACUACAGAAGUGCGUAGAAGAGAAAAAAAAACUUUAUUCGCCGUUCUCUAUUCAGCUUUGAGCUUUGUGCGUUACGUGUCGCUCAGCUUUGUGUAAAGUGUAUCGGAUCGGUUUUAAUUUUGUUUUGCUUUUGUGUGUUCAACCACACACUACACAAUACACACAGAUACGAAAUACGAUGCUGUGUGUUUGGUAUUUUUUUGCGUGAAAGCAUAAAUCAGGAAAUAAACAGUUAAACAAAAAUAAAUAAAUACAAAAUUAUUACUGUCGCGCUCUUCCUCUUCAACCUUGCGAACAGAGUACCAAAACAAAACAACAAAAAAAGGAUAGCUGAGAAAUAAAUUUUAAAAAGCAGGUAGAUAACCAUUCAACUGUGUUCCGGUAGAAAAAUUAAAAGUUUUAGUGAAAUGCUCGUGAAAUAAAAAUUUAAUAAAUAUAAAGUUUUUGUGCGCAAAUCGAAAGUAAAGUUACCAGUGUAAUUUAAUUUUUAGAUAAAAUACAUUCAUCUACUAAAUUUUUGGAAGAAAUAAAUCGUAAUAUUAUCAACUCAUGGCUGAACAAGGAAACAUUACUUUUAGUGUGAGUUAAACAUCAAAAAUGAGAUAAUUUUCGUUUAAAAAUGUAAAGCUUUACAAAAAUUAAGAAAAAAGUGUAUCGAAAUCCCAGAGAAUUUUUAAAAAGAAUUGAAAAUCGAGCAUCAAUCUCCCUGUUUACCCUCUUUCCAGUUGACCUAACUUCAUAUCAUAACUUAUAUUCUUUGGUUUUUUGUUCAAAUGUUUUUUAUUUAAUACUUUUCAAAGAAAAACAAAACAAUGGACAUAAGUAAUUGCACAACAAUGUUAAAUCGAACAAAUUAUUGUUCAAUAUUGAAAAAAAGAAAAUCUUCAUGUAAAGAAAGUACCAUAACAGUGAAAUUAAAAAGGUACACAUUAAAAGAAGAAAAAUCCAUUCAAACUAUGAACACUAACAAGGAAAUGGUUGAUGAUGACAUUAAAAACAAAAACAAUACAAUGUGUUUGAUAUGUCGAAUAGAAAAUGAAUGUCCCAACUCUGAUAAUCUAAUUUGCAAUUCAAUGGCAACCCUUAACAGACAACAUCAAACAUGGAAGCAUGAUAAUGACAACAACAGCAGCAGAAAGAGUCAGAAUUUUAAAAAUUAUGUUGCAAUGAAAACGAGUUCAACAUCAUCAAUACCAUCCGAUACAUCGCCAUCGCCAUUGUCGUCUUCGUCGUCAUCGCCAACUACCAAAUGGAAUGUGUUGGAAAUUGCCAAUCAAAAGAGUCAAUCACAACGGCAUGCUGCAUCUGUCAGUUGCUGUUGGAAUGAUAGUUGUAGUUCGUUCAGCGAUAGCAGUAGUAUGCCAUCAUGUCAACUGCAAUCUACGUCAUUCUCCUCAACAUCAAUCUCUCCUCCUAUUUUAUCCAAAGCACCAUCAUCAUCAACAUCAAAUAAAACUAAAACAUCCUUACUAUCAUCAUCACCACAACAACAACAACUGUCACCGGCGGCGUGUUCUGCAUCAUCAUCAGAAACAGAAGCAGAAGCAGCGGCAACAUCAACAAUUGAAAUAUCAUCAUCAGCAUCAUCAUCAUCAUCAACAACAACAACAACAACAACAAAAACAACAACCACAAUAUCAGCCACAGAAGCAACAGCUUCAUCCCGAUUAUCAUCAUCAAGAACAAAUACCUUAACGACACCGCUGUCGUUGACUUUGCCGCUGCCGUUGCCGCUGACGCUUCCAUCUUGCAUUAACAGUAGUACAAGUUUAAGUGGUAACAGUAAAAGUUGUGCGAGUUUACUAAGAACGUUAGCACUAGUUGCUGUCAUCCUAGAAAAAUGUUUUAUCGGAAUGUUCGGUACGCGACACAUUGGAAUGCCAUUUGAGCAUAACAAUAAUAACAGUAAUUAUCAAAUGCCGGUUUCAAUUCAAAAAUCUAAACGAAAAAGCCAUAUUAGUAGUUCCGGUUCCGGUUCAACAAAAUCACCAAUUAUGUUUAUGUUUUUAAGUUUAUCAUUUAUGAUGAUGAUGCUGCCGACGACAACAAAUGCUGCAGGUACAGAAGUUGCUUUGGAAGGGAAUGAAAAAGUAUGCAAGUCUCGAGACAUUAGGAAUUCGGUCAGUGAAUUUUAUCGUCUAGAGAAUUGCACCGUUAUCGAAGGAUUUCUACUUAUUUCGCUUAUUGAAGGACACAAUCAUUCAGCCUAUGAAAAAUAUUCAUUCCCUUUGUUAACUGAAGUUACCGAAUUUGUUAUGAUCUAUCGUGUAAAUGGACUGCGAACACUAAGCACAUUAUUUCCCAACUUAAGUAUUAUUCGUGGCAAGGAACUCUUCGAAGGAUUUGCUUUGAUACUUUAUGAGAAUACGCAUUUAGAGGACGUUGGAUUGGUUUCAUUGACAACAAUUGCUAGAGGUGCCAUACGAAUGGAAAAAAAUCCAGCCUUAUGUUUUGUGGAGACAAUUGAUUGGACAAGAAUAACUGUUAAUAUGACAAAUGAUCAGAAUUUCUUUUGGGGGAACAAAGCCGUACAAGAAUGUCCUGGUUGUCCUGGCGAGGUAGACGAAAAUUCAGACAAGGACUGCAAUGGAAAGUGUUGGAAUAGUGUAACUUGUCAGAAAAUUUGCCCAAAUGAGUGUAAAAAUAAUUGCAACGAUAAACUACAAUGCUGUCAUGAAAGCUGUAUUGGUGGCUGUUCAAACAACGACUUUACGAAAUGCAAAGGCUGCCGACAGUUUACCAAGAUGAAAACAUGCAUUGAUAAAUGUCCGAAGGAUUUCUUCACUUACCUUGAACGUCGCUGUGUAACUGCUGAGACUUGCAAGGAAAUCGGUACCAAAUUGGAAGGAAGUAAACCAGCAAAACUAGUUCCAUUCAAUGGUGUUUGCUCUGUGCGAUGUCCACCUGGUCACACUAAAAACGAUACGACCCUAACUUGUCAGAAAUGUGACGGAAAAUGUGUUAAAAGUUGUGAUGGGGGUCUGAUUGAUAGCGUUGCAGCUGCCAAAGCUAUGCAUGGUUGUACGCGUAUAGUUAACUCAGGAUUGUCCAUCAGUAUUAAACGAGGAGGACGACAUUUGAUGGAAGAACUGGAAAUGGGUCUUUCAUCGAUUGAAGAAAUUGAUACUUAUUUGAAAGUUCAUAGAACCUAUGGGGUGACAUCGUUGGCUUUUUUCAAAAAUUUAAAAAGAAUCAAGGGAACAAUUCUUGAGAGUGACAAGUUCGCACUAUAUAUCUUAGAAAAUCAAGACCUUGAACGAAUAUGGGCCAAGGACCAAGUGCAAAUGGACGCAGGUCGUGUAUUCUUCCAUUUCAAUCCUAAAUUGUGUUAUUCAGAAAUCGAAAAAUUGCGUUCUUCGUUAAAAAAUCCAAUACCAUUCGAUAAAAAUGAAGUAGCAACUGAUUCGAACGGUUCUAAAGGGUCAUGCAACACAGAAGUUUUAAAUGUUGAGGUUGUUAAAGUUUCAUCUGCUUCUGCUCAUGUUCGGGUGAUCAAUCCAAUGAAAUUCGAAGAUGAUCGAGUGCUCAUUGGUUAUCAAUUUUUUUACACCGCUGAUCCGUAUAAGAAUGUUUCGAUUUUUGGACAGAGGCCUUGUGAUGAUAGUUGGGAAUCGAAUGAUCCAUCAAGAGAUACCGAUCAUAUUUUUGUGAGUCUUAAACCAUUCACUCAAUAUGCAUUUUAUGUUAAAACACAAACUAUCUCAUCGGAGCCACGUAAUGGACAAAGUCCUAUCGUUUAUUUCCGAACGAAGCCAGACCAACCAAAGACCGUGCAAAAUUUGAAUGCCCAUGCCAACUCAAGUUCCGAAAUAAUAAUAAGAUGGAGUCGACCACAGGUUACAAACGGCAACCUUACAAAAUACAUCAUCAAUGUUACUCUUGACGCUAAUUACCAUCAGAAAUCUAAAAGUCGAAAUUACUGCAAAGAGCCUAUCAAAAAAGCAGCAAGUGAUGAAGUUGGACUUCCAUUUACAAAUGAAAAAGCGGAUCCAGGUUUAAUUAGCACAAAUGGCGGAACAAAUGCAAAUUGUAAAUGUGAGAAAAAUGUCACACGCAAAGAUGGAGUCAACCCACAAGUGGUAGAAGCUAUCUAUGAGAAUGUGAUCGAAUUUGAAAACAAUGUUCAAAAUUUUGUCUAUGUCAAGCAAACAAACGACUCUCAAAGUGAUAACUCUCGUCAAAGACGUCGUCGAGCUUUGGAGAACUUAGGUGAUAUGAUCAUCACUAGUACCACGCAAACACCUUUUUCGAAAACCAAAACAAAUUCUCAGUUGUAUAGAGUUAAUGCAUCGGUUACGGAAUUUGUUUUAAGAAAUUUAACACACUUCUCACUCUACACGAUUAAGGUGCAAGCUUGUCGUGCACAGGAAAUUGGAGAAUCAGCCAAAGACUGCAGCCCUGAAUCCAUUGCAUAUUCAAGAACUCACAAACUACCUAAUGUCGAUUUGGUACGAAAUGUUCAGCUAGAACUGGAUUCCUCAAACACAACACGAAAGAAUAUAAGAAUCAGAUGGGAUCCACCGGAGCAACCGAAUAGUUUAAUUGUAUCCUACACAAUAAUUUACUUUGCAGUCGAUUCAGAAGAUGCUGUUAUUGAAAAACGAUGCAUCUCGCCGCUUGACACUAUAAACUUUACCAACAGUUAUGUCAUAUACGGUUUGCCCACUGGUAACUAUAGCAUCGUUGUACAAGCUAAUUCUCUUGCCGGUGAAGGUAUUGAAUCGCAACCAGCCUACAUAUACAUUCCUCCCAAUCGAAUAACAUGGCAGACAAUCACAAUUAUUUGCGUUUGCGUCUUUGUGUUCCUUUGCACUGUAGCCUUCACUGUUUAUUAUGUCCGAAAGAAGUUCCUAGCCCCACCAUCUGAUCUUAAGAUCUUCCCAACAGUUAAUCCAUAUUACAUAAGCAUGCAAUAUCUACCCGAUGAAUGGGAAGUUCCACGCGAUAAAAUCAUUCAAUUGGGUGCUCUGGGUCAAGGAUCGUUUGGUAUGGUCUAUGAAGGUAUAUUGAAAAAUUUCAAUAGCCAAGAGGACACUCCGUGUGCAAUAAAAACAGUUAAUGAAAAUGCCACCGAUCGGGAGCGUUUGAACUUCUUGAAAGAAGCCAGUGUUAUGAAGCAAUUCAAUACACACCAUGUAGUUCGCUUGCUAGGAGUUUGUUCUCGUGGUCAGCCAGCUUUGGUGAUAAUGGAAUUGAUGAAAAACGGUGACUUAAAGGCUUACCUGCGACAACAUCGCCCAGAUGCUGAACAGAAUCACGGGGAACCGGUUAUUCGACCGCCUACACUCGAUAGAAUCUAUCAGAUUGCCAUAGAAAUAGCUGAUGGAAUGGCUUACUUGGCGGCCAAAAAAUACGUACAUCGCGACUUGGCGGCAAGAAAUUGCAUGGUCGCAGCCGAUUUGACAGUGAAAAUUGGUGACUUUGGUAUGACCAGAGAUGUUUAUGAGACUGAUUACUACCGAAAGGGAACUAAGGGUUUACUGCCCGUUCGUUGGAUGUCACCUGAAAGUUUAAAAGAUGGCAUCUUCAGUAGUGCCAGUGAUGUGUUCAGUUAUGGUGUUGUCCUUUGGGAAAUGGCAACACUUGCCUCGCAACCAUAUCAAGGCUUUUCAAACGAUCAAGUUUUACGCUUCGUAAUUGAUGGUGGUGUUAUGGAACGACCAGAAAACUGUCCUGAUAAGUUGUACAAAGUAAUGCAAAAAUGUUGGCAACAUCGACCUUCGGCCCGUCCAACAUUCAUGGAAAUUAUUCGUUUUCUACUCGAUUCUGCAGAUCCAAAAUUCCAAGAAGUAUCUUUCUAUCAUUCUGCCGAAGCUAAGGAUAUGCAUGAUCAAAUGGUUCCAGAACACGAUAUGGAUGAUGUGACAACACCAUUGCGAGUGGGCGAAUUUGAUUAUAAAUUAAACAUUGACGAUAAUUCAUCAGUUGAACCGCACGAAAGUCCGGCACUUGAUGAAGAAGAUGAAGACGAUGAUAAUAUACAAUCCCACUCGCCUUAUAGUCUUGGCUCAGCAAUAAUAAUAAACAGUACGCCCGGUAACCAUUCUAAAUUCAGUCCACGCAUAAUAAUGAACCAAAGUAAUCCAUCAUUAUCGCUUCCAUCGACAUCCGCAGCAGCAGCAAAAACUGCAUCAAUAGCCUCUGUUUCUGGCAAACAAGAAAAUGCCGAAUAUGUUCAACCUGAUACGUCUUACGAUAACAAUGAAAACGACCAACAUCAAAAUAACACAUCCGACGAUUCAAAUGCAAAUUCAACAGCAACAGCUCAAAAACCAAUAAAAUAUCAUCCAUCAUCGAAAUAUCCCAGCAGCCUUAAGCGAGCUGUGGCUUCCACAGUACAAAAUGUCAGUAAUAGUUUAGUACCUUUGAACUUCCUUCAGCGUCGUCUAUUUAAGAAUAAUAAUAGCAAGCCAUCUGGUCAGCAGCACAAUAAAAGUGCCAAAUCGGAAUCAUCCAAUAAUAAUGGCAACAAUAAUAAUUCAAAAAAAUCCUCCAUAUCGCCCAAUGUGGAACUUGGAGCGGCCGGAAGUCGAUCGUUUUUUGCCGGCUUAACACCAAGUCACACCAGCAAGAAUCCCAAUUAUCAGAUUCUUGAUGAAUCCCUUAAUGUAUCAGUAAGGCAGAAUGAACAAUCCGAUGCACAUCCUCCAACAUCAUCCCGUUCUCGAACUGAAAGCUGUAGCAGUGCCGCGAGUGGGAGUAGCAAUAGGAACCAAGGCAACAAUACUAUGCAACCGAGACAGCAACAACAACAACAUAAAACCACAGAACAAUGCAAUCUAAAUAAGGAUAAUACUAAUUAUUUAUUAAGUACUAGCAGUAGUAAUUGUAAGGAUACCAAAUCAUCACAAAAUCAGAAUCAACCAAUUAUAUCAUUAGCACAUGAAUUGUUUUUGAAUUCAGGUGUUAGCAACCCUAUUAGCCUUAAGGACAAUAAAAAUACUAAUAGCGAAGCAUCAUCAGCGGUGAUACCGACUUCUAAUACUAGCAAUACACCAACAUCAACAAAGACAAAGACUCCAUAUCAAUUGAAAGAGAAAUGGCUUCAACAACAACUACCCUCAAAAGCAGUACCACCAAAUGGAUUUAUUGGACGCGAAGGAUAAGAACAAUCAUUCAAUUACAUACAUACAUGUAUAUAUGUAUUGUAAAUACCUAUAUAUUUUUUUUAUAAAAAAUAAAAUUAAAAUAAAAUCAAACAAGGUCAAAAGGAGUAGUCAUGAAGCAAUAGACUGUAAUCAGUAUUUUAAUAGCUUGAUUUAUUCGACCACUAAAAGCUUUCUCAAACCAGUCCAACAAAUAAAACGAACAUCUUACUUCUUUAUCUAUUCCUAGCCAUUGGAUCCAAGUUUAAUUUAUUUUUCAAUAAAAUAUUUAUUACUACUUUGGAAAUGUAAUGGGUGAAAUUUCAAUUUUUCAAAUUAAAAAUCAUAAAUUCUUUCGUGAUCAAAUUUUAAAUCUUCAUUGAUUCUUUUUUUCAAGCGCACACUUAAAUCGAAGUAAAAUUUUUAUACUAUGUUAAGCCAUUCAACCCAAAUGGAAUAUCUUAUUAGAAGUCGAAAAAUCACAAUUUCAAACAUAAACUUACGAACUAUUUAUAAGAAUUUAUUAUAAUAAAUAAUUUAAAUUACAAAAACUAACCAAUAUAAAUAAAUGCAAUGCUCUAAAGUAGUUCUUUUAUUCAAAAUGUAAUUUUUGAUUGUAAAUAGUUUUCACUUUAGUUUUGUAUAUAUAAAGUUAUAUAAAAGAGAAAACAUACAUAAAUCGAAAAAUAAUAAUAAAAUAAUUUAUUAAAACUUUUUAUACAGAAAAAAAAAAAUAAAAAAAAACAAAAACUUGAAAAAAAAUUUAUAACAGUACCAAAAAAAGAAAGAAAUAUAAAGUAUAAAGUUUUAAUUGUUUUUAUUAUUAAAUAAGUUAAUUUAGCAUCUAAUGGAGAGAAAAAAGUAACACAUAGUUUCAAUUAAUUUUUUUUUAAGUAUAAAUAAACUAAUGUUAUAUUAUAAAAUAUUUGAUGCGCCAUAAAUUAAAACAAAAAUAUAAAAACAAAACUUUCAGAACUUUUUGCUUGCAUGUAGAUCAUUUAGUUUUUUCUUUCUUGAUUUGUUAGUUGUGUAAAAUUGCUUAAAUCCACAUUUAUAUAUAAAAUAUUUUAUAGUAAAUAGAAUGUAAAUUUUUUCUUUUGAAUUAAUAAUUCUGGCAUGAAAUAAACACAUACAAAAUUUAAAAUAAAUACAAAUAAAACUUGUACUUAAUAAUAUGUGAAUUAACUUAACGAAUUUCAAUUUAACAUUCAAUAAUAAUAAUUUAAAUUAAACAAAAAUAAAAUGACGCAACGCAACCGCAAAUCUCUGCCACACAUCACUCCUAAUCGACAUUAUUUUAUAAAUAAUUUAAUUUUAUAGUUAUAUAAAAAACCAAAAUGUAAAAUAGUUUUACAAAAUAACGGGGAUACAUUUUACAUUUUUAUACAAAUAAGUAUAAUAAAACUAAAUAAAUGAUAACAAAAUAAAAUAAUGAAAUAUUAAUUUAUAUUAUAUUAUUUUGGCAUUACGUGUAUUUAGCUUAAUUCUUUUGUCUUUUUUGUAUCUUAAAUAUCAAGAAAAAAGUUGUUAGUAGACUUAUUUGAAUAAAAGCAAAAGCAAACAUUUACUAUAGCUAUUAAACAAAAAAAUAUUGUUCUUAGUCUAUGCUUAGGCUUUUUAUAUAAACAAACCUUAUAUAUAUACAAAAAACUCUUAUCCAAAACAAAAUAUAAAUUAAUUUGUAUAAACAAAAAAAAACAAGAAAGAAAAAAAACAAAGGAUUUCGUUUUAGUAAGCGAGCAAAAGUAUGCAAAAAUAGCAGUAAUUUUAACCAGAAAAUCAGUGUAAAGAUAGAGAAUCAAUAGAAAAUAACAAGCUAAAACAAAUAGAACUUAAAUUAAAAAGAAACAAAUAUUUUAUAUUAAAAAAAAACAUUACCAAACUCUUCUUCACACAAAAUAAAAAAUAUAAACAACCAAUAUUAAUUACUGCAUUACUAUAUUUAUUUUAUUACUAACGUUGAAAUUAUGUUCUACACAACAAAGUACAAACAAAAGAACGAGUUUUCUUUUUUAUUUCAAAUAUAUAUGUAUACAUUAUGUGAAUAUUCAAAUAUAUGAAAAUUAACUAAUAGUUAAAAACAAAACGAAAUAGCAGACAAAAAAUCAACACAAUAAAACAAAAACAAAAUUUAUUAAUAUAGUUUUAUUCCGUUUUUAUUUGUGUUUUUUAUUAUUAUUAUUAUUUUAUUUUACAAACUAAUCGAAUUUUUUGAUUUUUUUUCUGUUUUCUUUUUGCUUUUAAGUAAAAGACUAAACAUAAAAACGAAGUGAGAGUAUUUUCCUCUCUCCCUUUCUCUCAUGAAUUCACACCACAACCCCUAAAUGCAAUAGUUUUUAAAUUUAAAAUUAAAACAAAAAAAUCCUGAGCAAAGAACAACAAUAUUUUCAAUUCUAUUAAUUUAUUCAAUUAGUCAUACAAAUAGAUAUUACGUUCAUAAACAAACACAAUUUAUAAUCGAAAUAUGCGCUGCAAAUAGUCGGAUAAAAUAAUAAUUUAAAUAGAAAACAACGAAAACAGUAGGCUAUAUUUUUUUAAACCGAAAAAAAAUCUCAAUUUCUCAAUUGAUUUUAUUUUUGUUCUAAAUAAAUAAAUGUUUUAUUUUUAUUAUUUUCAUCCACAACAAUGCGGUUUCUUAUAAACAAAAACACACACAUUCUCUCUUUAUUUUUCAACCAACUCUCUUUAUUCAACAUUGUCUUUUUUAUAUUAAUAUAAACAAACAAAAGAAAAAGAAGUGCAACAAAAGAAAAAUUCCUGUUCAAAAGAAAAGAAAAAAAAACACAAAUGCAAUAGUUAAAUUAUUUUUCUUCUUUAAUACAAACAAUUUUAGAUAUUAAUAUAUAAUUAUUAUACAUUUAGUUUCAAUUCUAUAAAGAAAAUAAAACAACAAAAAGUUCCAACUCUAUAUAAACUUACAAACUAUAUAAAAUGAGUAAAACAUAUUAAAUUAAAUACAAACAAAAAUUGUUAAAAACAUGUGUUAUUUAUACAACAACAACAAAAAAUAACUCAAUCAUAGAAACUGAACAAAAAUUAAAACCAAUUUUUAUUAGUUUUUAAUUCAAUACAACCAAUUAAAUAGAAAAUAGAUAACCCAUGUUUAAUUAAAUACAAAAAUUAAAAUACAAUAAAACUUAAACUAAAACUAAACAAACAAAAAAUAAAAUAAAAAACUCUAAAUGGUAAUAUUAAUAUUGUAUUUGAAAUUUAUAUUUGAAAUGGUUAAAACACAGAUAUUUACACUCAGAAGACUGAAAUAUAUAGUUCCUUUGUUUUUAUGUAAAAAAAUAUAAAUAAAAUAAAUUAAUUGGAAUUAUUAAUUUAAAAAAAAAAAAACUAAAUAGAAAAAUGCAUAAACCCACAGGUUAAAAUUACAAUUAAAUUACACGAAAUAAUAAAAAUGCAGACUUUGAUUAAAAUUUAGUUAUAUAAAAUAAAAAGUAUGAAUCAACAA